CCACGCCCAGCCCCUUCCGGCCCUUUACCGGAAGGGGGCCGGAAGAGAAUCUGUUUCCCUCCCAAACUGUUUUACAACCGAAGAACAGCCUCGCCCCCGACGCAUGAGGCGCCCCUGAUUCCCCGCGCACACCCCGGGGCCGGGGCUCCCCACACUAGGCGGGAGCAGAGACUCUGCCCCCCCCCGAAUGUCUCUUUCCGGCCUCCCGGAGAAGGGAGCAGGAGGGGCGGGGGCGGGGCAGUCCGCGGCGAAGGCAGGAGUAGCGGCCCACGUGAGCGGAGGGAAGCCAAUCUCCGGGCAGGAGCCGGCCCUGAGGCCGCUGGGAAAGAGGAAGUCGGGACUUCUGUGCCGGAGAUGCUGUUCUGCCUGCGCUUCUGCUCUUUGCAAUUCGCCUCCUCUAGCGUUACCCCUGCCGAGAGUUGGGCCUGGUUGGCUCCGCGCCGCGCCGCGCCGCGUGAUUGGGUAGGCUGCAGUCUCUGCCCUGAAGGCCUGGCCAGGGGCUUUGUCAUCGGCCUCCUGCCUGGGAAGAGGAGCCUGAGAGCUCUCCCCCACGGGAUCCCUGUCCCUGCUCAGCCUGCAGAGGAGCCAGAGGGAUGGCCCCUGGGAGCCCCAGCCCCCCAACCCAGGAGUUGGUGACAUUCCAGGAUGUGGCUGUGGACUUCACCCAGGAGGAGUGGGGCCUCUUGGACCAUUCUAAGAAAGAGCUGUAUAUGGAGGUCAUGCUGGAGAAUGCUCAGAACUCUCUCUUGCUGGGACUUCUAGUGCCCAGAGAAUCUUUGAUCUCCUGUUUUCAGCCAGGGGAAGCCCCAUGGAUGCAAGAGUCAGAGGGCCCAAGAAACUCCUGUCCAGAGGUCAAGUUUAAACUGAAGGAGAUGGGAGCAAAGUUGAGCAUUUUUGCAGAAGAAUCUCACCAGGAAAGAUGCAUAGGUCAUGCUUCCUGUGACUUUAGUUUGAAAGAAAAAUGUGCCUCUGAUAUCAAGGCAGAGAGAUAUCCAAAGAGUUACUGUGAAUUUGAUGAAGAUGGAAAGAGUAUCAGGCAAUAUUCAUUUCUGAUUCAGUGUAAGACCCCAGGGAAGGGACCCUCAGUGACCCCAGGGAAGGACUGUUCUCAGUAUGGUAAAUAUAGAGACUCCUCCAAUGAGCAGGUAGAGCAGCUAAUUAAGUCCCAUGAGAAACCUCCCCAAGUGGAAGCCUAUCAAUGUACUCACUAUGAGAUGGUGUUCAGACCCACUUCAGAGCUCAUUAAGCAUCAGAAAAGUCAUAGCGGAAGAAUGGUUUGUAUACAUAAUGAAAACAGGAAGAUGACCCCAAAGCCAAAGCUUGUUGAUCUACAGAUACUUCAUACCAAAAAGGAAGCUUCUGAAUGUAAUGAGUUUGGAACAACCUGUACCGAUCCCUCAUCUCUUACUGAUCACCCUCAAUUUCAUAGUGGAAAGAAACCUUGUGUGUAUGAUCAGAGUAGGAAUUCCUUUGAUUCAAAGUCAGACCUUCCUAUACACCCAGAGAUUUGUACUAGUGAUGCUCCUUAUAAAUGUAAUGAAUGUGGAAUGGCCUUUAGCUACGUGUCACAUCUUAUAGACCAUCAGAGAACCCACAAUGGAGAGAAACUUUAUGAGUGUAAACAAUGUGGAAAGGUUUUCACACAGAAACAUGUUUUUUCUGAACAUCAGAGAAUGCACACUGGAGAGAGAACUUAUAAAUGUCAUCCAUGUGGAAAGACUUUCAGAUGCAAUUCUGAUCUUGCUAAACACCAGAAAAUUCACACUGGCGAGAAACCUUAUGAAUGUAAUCAGUGUGGAAAGGCUUUCAGAAGCAUCCCCGGUCUUAGGUAUCAUGAGAAAAUUCAUAAAGGAGAGAAGCCUUAUCAAUGUAAUCAGUGUGGAAAGACUUUCACACAGAAGAAUCUUCUUGGUGUACAUCAGAGAAUCCACACAGGAGAGAAACCUUAUGAAUGUAAACACUGUGGAAAGGCUUUCACACAAUCCACCCAUCUUACUUGCCAUCAGAGAAUACACACUGGAGAGAAACCCUAUGAAUGUAAUCAAUGUGGAAAGGCUUUAACAAGCAGUUCCAGUCUUAGGUAUCAUGAGAAAACUCAUACAGGAGAGAAGCCUCAUAAAUGUAUUCAAUGUGGAAAAGUUUUCACACAAAAGAAUCUUCUUGUUGCACAUCAGGCUAUCCACACUGGACAGAAACCUUAUGAGUGUCGUCAGUGUGGAAAGGCUUUCAGAUACAGUUCUAGUCUUAGGUAUCAUGAAAAAAUUCAUACAGGAGAGAAGCCUUAUGAAUGUAUUCAAUGUGGAAAGGUUUUCACACAGAAAAAUGUUCUUGCUGUACAUCAGAGAAUCCACACUGGGGAGAAACCUUAUGAAUGUAAUCAAUGUGGAAAGGCUUUCAGAAGUAUCCCCAGUCUUAGAUAUCAUGAGAAAAUUCAUAUAGGAAAGAAACCUUAUGAAUGUCAUCAGUGUGGAAAGGCUUUAACAAGUUAUACCAGUCUUAGGUAUCAUGAGAAAAUUCAUAAAGGAGAGAAACCUUAUGAAUGUCAUCAGUGUGGAAAAGCUUUCAGAGGCAGCUAUGAUCUUAGUAAUCAUCAAAGAAUCCACACUGGAGAGAAACCUUAUGAAUGUAAUCAGUGUGGAAAGGCUUUGACAAGAAGAUCCAGUCUAAGGUACCAUGAGAAAAUUCAUAAAGGAGAGAAACCUUAUGAAUGUCAUCAGUGUGGAAAGGCUUUUAGAAGCAGCUAUGAUCUUAGUAAUCAUCAGAGAAUUCAUACUGGAGAGAAGCCCUAUGAAUGUAAUCAAUGUGGGAAAGCUUUAACAAGCAGUUCCAGUCUUAGGUAUCAUGAGAAAAUUCACAAAGGAGAGAAACCUUAUGAAUUUAAUCAAGGUGGAAAGAUUUUCACACAGAAGAAUCUUUCUGUACAUCAGAGAAUCCACAAUGGAGAGAAACCUCAUGAAUGUAAUUAGUGUGGAAAGGCUUUCAGAUACAGCGCCAGUCUUAUCAGAGAAUCUGCACUGGAGAGAAAUCUGUUAUCUUCCAGAGUAACUUUUAAGAAUUGCUGGCUGUUGGUAAGUUCCCAUGCAUCCACACUUAUUCCUUAGAAAUCUCUUUCCUUCCUCAUCAGAACUGUUUAUAAAUAACAGCUGACUAGUAUUUUCCAGUCCUUAUACUAAAUGCUGGAAGCACAAGGAAGCAAAAAUACAGAGUCCUUAUCCUUUUGUAUCCUCAUAGCUUAUUCUGGAGAGUUUUCCAUCCUUCUUGGAUCGAUUUUCCCCCAUGGGAUUGUAACUAUCUCUUUUUCUUGUAAGUGCCAGAAUUUAAGGGGUAAAAACAAAAGGGUUGGAUUAAAUUUAUCAGAGUCUGGUCACCAGGAAUUUAACCGAUUCCAAAUGGUUUUUAGCAAUUUAUAAAAUAGAGGGAAAGUGAAAGUAGUAGUAGUCUCUCGGUAACCGAGGAUGACGGAUUGUCUUUGUGCAUUUUCAUCUAUGAUAGAUGAGUGUGUACAAAGGCACUUGUGCGUGAAGGAGAUUUAAGUGGAAAAGUCGAUGCACAGAGACAGUCCCACUCUCUCAGUGUUGGAAGCCUGAGUCCAGUGGCACGAAAAGUCGUUACACCUAGAGAAUUCCUCAGCUGCAUUGGAUGGCCGUGUUGUCUUUUGUGCUCCAACACGCCCUAAGCACUCCACAGUGCUUUGCUGUGUCGCCAUCUCAGCCGUUGAACCUUCUUAUUGGUUUCUUCCGUCUAUUCGGCCGAAGCAGUCUUCACAUGCUGGGUGAGCAAGGCCCUGGUUCACCAAAGGUCUAGAUGGCUACUCCCAUAAGGUUUAGCCGGCUUGUCAAAGCCAUUGCCCGGGGUGUGGCCACUGCCGCAUGCUAGCAGCUUUUUUUAAAAAAAAGUGAAAGUAAAGAAAUGAAAAAGAGGGCAGAGUAAGAAAUCUAGCUUAAAGAACUAGACUAUUACUCAAGCCCUGGAUUUACUCUGGAAGGGCUUCAGAAGCCCCAGCCUGAGGGCCUAUGGGUCAGUUAACAAAGGUAUUAGCUAAGAGGCCUCCUCCCAGAUGAGGGCCCCCUCUGGAGCCUAGUACCUCCAGGAGAGCCAGGGAAGGGAGUCAGUGUUUUUCACUCACCCAUGUGGUAGUCCUAAUAGAAGCAGUCCUCAGCCAGAGCUCCUCCAGGGUCAAGUUCAAGGCAAAAGACCUCUUCUUAGGAAGUUCUUGGCAUUUUUAAAGACUGUUCCUUUUCACCACUUCCUGUGACUUCCUUCCAUUUUACGUAGACCAGUUAACUUUGUUUAGGACUGCCAUGGGGUGGGUCAGUGGGUUCUGAUUCUUCAGCCAUUAUUGCACAUGUAGGUCACAGACCUCCCCCACUUAAGAAUAAGUGGGGUAUAUAGGCGUCUGGUGAUUAAAUUUUAAAAUGGGCAGGGGAGAGUUCAUCCCAUCUUCACAAACUGAACCAUUUGAAAUUUGCCCCACUACCACCAAUGGAGUCCAACUCUCAAACUGGGACUUUCUUAUUACAAACUGUAAUAUGGAGUUGAGGUGUCUCUAUUUCCAUUCCCUGUGGCCCACAGACUCAUAAUAUCUGAAUCCAAAAAUUUAAUGUCAAGGAGGAAUUUUUAAAUACUAUCUUGUUUGACCAUCAUAUUUUCGAGGAGAAAUAAGAGGUUCUGAUGAAUGGUUGAAUGAUUUGCAUAUGAUGCAUAGCAAGUAAUUUUUGUGAUAAUAAUUAGAUACCCACCAUGAAUAUCCAAGUUGUCAAAGUGGGCUUUUAAAGCUUUAAAACAGUGGGACCAUUCCCCAGAAUCUGGCCGUGCCCUUUAUCCACAUUCUGGUACAAUGACUGGUAUAGUGCUACCAGUACACACCAAGUGACCGGGUGGGCUUUUCCCACUGUCAUCCAGCAUCACAUCCUUCACAGGGGCAAACAAGUUCAAGGUCCUUCCAAUAUGGGGUCCAUUAAUUGCUCUUCCCCUUAUUCUAAAUAGGAGAAUAAGUGUAUUUGGUCAUGAAGUCCUGCUCAUGGGGGAAGGAAACUCUGGAUGGUCACAGAGGCUCAGGCCUGCUUUACAGUCUGGGAGAGGGACUAGAAAGAUCAGAGCUACCCGACUCUGAUCUUCAUAAAAUCACACACAGACACUAAUGCUAAGCCAGGAGAGACCUUAGAGAAUAUCUGGCCCACAUUUUUGCAUUAAGCCUAAAUUUAUUUCCAAGUAUAUCUCAAAAUUAACCAUUGAGAAUCUAAGGAAUAACCUAGGGAAAGAAUUACUUUGCUAGACCUCAGUCUCCUCAUAAAUGGAUUUGGAACAGUGGAAGAAACACUGGCUUAGAUAAUAAGACACUCAGAGAAUCAGACCAGUCCCUAGAAGGGGGGGAGGAGAGUUUACCCAAAGCCCUCAGCUGGAACUAGAGCCCACUUCUUCCAUUAUCUUGUUUUAGUCUUUUGGACAAAUUGCUUACCUUUUUCUCAGCCUCAGUUUCCUCCAUGAGAAGUCAGGGUUUCAGUAGGUCACCUCUAAUGGCCCCAGAAUUGCUGAGUAUCUUGUGCUAUUCUGUUCUGUGUUUGGAUCUCGGCCUACAACUAGGGGAGGCAUCUGGAUGGGAUGCCUUGGGGAGGGCUGCUGAAACAAAGGAGCAUAGGCUAGAGGCGGAGGAGCCUAGGCAGUCCCAGAAUUUCAUUAUCUGAGAUAUUGUUCACUUUGGACAGAAAAUUAACUUAAAAAAGGACUUGAUUUUCAUAUGUGCUUAUUUAACUCAGAGUUUUUCAUGAACUUGGGAGGGGUUGAAAUAUUUAAAAAGUAAUGGAAAAUCAAUAAUUUUCUAAGUUUGUUCUGGAAAGUUUAUAUAACUGUCAGUUGAUUUGGAUUUUUGUAACCAAAACUGGAAUCAAUAAAACUCAGCUUGCCAAUAUUUUUCAUAUAUUUCUAAGUAUCCAAUGAAAUCAACUCAACUUGUAUCUAAUUUGAAGCAUAAUCUCAGAUUGAAAUGAAACAAAACAAAAACAUGUAGAAUUCAUGGAAUUUUCCUUUUUUUUUUUUUAAGAAAAAAAUUGAGAAUUAUUUCAAUACAGGACAAUUGAGGGACUUAUGAAAUGAAUGUUAUCCACGUCUAGAGAAAGAACUGUUGGAGUAGAAAUGAAAAGAAAACAUGAUCUAUCACUUGUUUAUUUGGGUAUAUGAUUGGGGGGUUUGGUUUCUAAGAUGACUUAUAAAAAUGAACAAUAUGCAAAUGAGUUUUGAGUGCUAAUACAUGUAUAACCCAGGGGAAUUGUUUGUUACCUCCAGGACUGGGGAGAUAAGAAGGGAGGGAGGCAACAUUAGUCACAUAACCUUGGAAAAGGUCCUCAGGAGGAGCCUCCUGGGGUGGUCCAUGCCCAGCUCUGCCAACCUGAGGGGAUGCCACACGGUGUCCCUGGGCCCCCGCAGGUGGGUGAAGCCUCUGGGAGGGGGUCGGGUCCCUGGGAUUCCCUAGGGACUAGGGUGGGGAUGGUCAGCAGAUUCUGGGGAAGCCAGUGGGGAGGGGGCCUGAAUACUAACCCUAACCCACAGCCUUUCCUGGAAGAGACCUGGGGCAGGGCUAGACUUGGGGAGUGCUUUCAAUGGGAGGUGGAGACACUGGUGCCAGACAGCCAACAGUGAGUGAGCAGGGGACACAAAUCCCUGAGGGCAGGAGCACUUCCCUCAACCCUGUCCCUGGGGCCCUUUUCAGUCCUCCCUCUUCAGACUCAGGCCACCCAGUGGUUUGAACUUUGGGGGCAUUCCUCUCCCCCCACCCCCCACCCCCAUUAAAUAGAUGUCAACAUAGGCCCCGCCCCCUUUCCCAUGGGCUGGGCCAUUUCCCCUUUUGAGGAAGGUGACUCCGGGAUUGAGGGCAGUCCUUGAUGUAUUCUUCCCCCGGUUGACUCCCUGCACCACUUGUUGGAAAAGCCUAUAUGUCAGGCUGGACGAUAGCUUUGUGUUACUAUCGGGUUCUGUAAGCCGAGUGGGGGGGCGGGGGGGAGGGGGGCAUUGUCUCCAGGGUCCAUGGACUGAGAUUUUGAAGGUCCUUUUGUGGAGAGGUAUUUCCCCCCCUUUAUCCUGCUGUUUCUCCUGUCACCCUGCCCCCUCCUCACAAGUGUUUUGCCUUGAAUCCCUUCCCCAAAUACUAUUGUGCUGAAAGGAUGACAAACUGGAGGAACUCCAUGUGAACUGGAGAGACAAGUGAAAGCAGCAAAACCAGGAAUUGUACACAGACGGAUACAUUGUAGCACAAUCGAAUGUAACUGACUUCUCUACCAGCAGCCAUGCAGUGAUCCAGCACAAUUCCGAGAGACUUGUGAGAAAGAACAGCCAUCCUCCAGAGAAAGAACUGGGAGCAGAAACCCAGAAGAAAAACACAUGAUUCACCUAGAUCAAUAGGGCCGUGAUUAGGGUGUUGGUGUUAAAGGGUGGCUCUUGAACAAUGAUCCAUGGAUAACCCAGCAGAACUGUUUGUCAGCUUUGGGAGGGGGUAGGAGGACGAGAGAGAAAACUUGAAUCAUGUAACCAUGGGGAAAAUAUUCUUGUCUUAAUUAGUUAAUUAAAGUAUUGAAUCUCCCUCCCCAGGGCUUCUAAUUCCCCUCCUACUUCUCAAUACUCCAUUGAGAAAUUCCUUCUCCAAGCCUAUUCUUUUUUCAGUGUAUACGAUGGUUUAUUUUAUUUUGUUUUUUAAAUUUUACCUUUUUUCCCUUGGUUACAUGAUUCAUGUCUCCCUCCCCUCUUUCCUCCCCUUCCUGGAGUUGACAAGCAAUUCCACUGGAUUAUACACGUAUUAUCGCUCAGAACUUUUUCCAUGUUAAUCAUUUUUAUAAGAGUUGUCUUUGAAAACCCAAACCCCAAAUCUGAGCCAAUUCUGUUGAGAAUGAUUCAUGCAUUGCCUGUCUCAGCCCUUUUCUGUACUAGUUUUUUGCAUGACUUUGGUGCAGAUAAUUGCCCCAUUUUAACUCUUUUCCUUUUAGUACAGUCAACUUUUUCACUACUUAUUUUUUGCAUGUCAUCCCACACAGCUUACUUCUACACCCUGUGUCUACAUGUACUGCUUCUAGCUACUCUGAUAAAGAUUUCAAAAGUCACAAAUAUCAUCCUGUGUAGAAAUAUAAGCAGUUCAACCUUAUUUAAUCCAUUAAAUUUUCUCUUUCUCA